AUGCAGGCGAGCGCCGAUGACAGACGCGGUGGCAGUGACGGCGAGGAGGCGGAGGAGGCGGCGCUUACAAGGUCGCCUCUGCUGCCCAUCACCCCUCCGCGCUUCCUGUCCGCCGGGGACACCGUUGAUGGCAGCCUGGGCGAGCGAUCACUGAAGCCCUCCCCGCUGCAGAUCAAGACAGCGCCCGCGAAUGCUUACGAGGCGGCGGCAGUGUCAACGCCGCUCUGCCUGUGUACGACGAACGCGUCCACAGCCUAUCAGUGUUUCACGGAAGCACUCAACUGCCUCACCGCCUUUGGCCAGCUCUUUUCGCAGCUGGUGUCCUCGGUUACCGCGACAGAGAAGGGCCAGGUGCUGUGCUGGUGUCGUGCGUGCUUCUUGGCGCUGCACCCGCACCUUCUCCACUGCGAGCAGCUCUGUCUGCCCCACCUCCGCUACGAAGAGGACGUGCUGCCGGUCGUGUUGAAAGCGACUGGCUACUGGGUACAAGUCAGCUGCAUCCUACAGCUGCCCGGGGAGCGAGACUCCUACUUGGCAGCACUCGUGGACGUGCUGCGGGCGCCGGACUCGGUGGCUGGUCACCUGGUCGCUCUGGCCCCGCCAACCGCGUCGGGCAUGUCAGACGCGUCCUCGCCCACAACAGCGACCCUGCUGGAAGCGCUUCUCACGCUGAACGACGCGUGCGCGGCUGCUGAGCCGGUUGUGCCGGGAUCCGUCGCCGCCGCGACGCUCAGCCUCAGCGAUGAUCGCGACGCCGCGCCGCCGGAUAGCAGUGGUGGCGCGAAGGGGAUGCAACAGUAUGCCCCCACUAUGCCCAGCUGGGGUGUUGGGUGGCUGCGGCGUCGUAGUCGCACGACCUCCUCCUCGACCCUGGGCAACACAGUGACGCCGGCGCGUCCCAGCGGUGGCAGAAGCGGGAGCUGGAUAAUGUCCUUGCCCCAGUCGCAGAUGAACGCCGCCCCCUCGCGCAUCGGCACGCCGCUUCUUACAGCAUCGGCGCCGUAUAGCAAACAGCAGCAGUCGGCGCCUGCGUCUUUGGCAAUGUCGUCGGUGCUCACAUCACGCGGCUGGCGGGCACCAGCCGUGCAACACGCCGUCAUCCUUGGUGUGUGUCGCCUACAGCACAAGAUCUUCAUCAUGAAGACGCUUCACGUCAUCGCCAAUACCCUCGGUGCACAGCUGAGGAGUGGAUGGGCCUUGCUCGCGCGCGGCUUCGCUAUGACAGAGCCUCUUUUGCACAUGCUGAAGCGGUUGCUGUCGUGGAUCGAGGAGUCCACUGAGGAGCAGGAGCAAGAAGACCAGCUACUGAGUGACGCCCUGCACCUGCGUGACGCAUUGCGCUCCCUCUGCGUCCACAACGCCUGCCACUUGCCCUACGCUCAGUUUGAGCUCUUCUUCGCGGAGCUGAUGAGGGCAACUGUGGCCUUGGGGCCCGCGGCGUCGUCACCACAACAGGACGGAGCAGCACUCGCCGUCAACGAGUGGGCCUGCGGGGAUCUGCACGUCACGGCACCGUACACUACCGCGUCCAGUCGACUGCCUCGCCACCACCCGCAGGGCUGCGGAGACCAGUGGGUGCUCACAUCAGAGUGCCUGAGCGUGUCGCUGUUAGCCAUGCUGCCCUUCAUAGACCUGCGGUACACCGACGCGGCGGCCGGCACAGCAUCUGAAGAUGUCGGAGGCCACAUUGGUGGGAGCAGCCGGCCCAGUGCUCAAGCGGUGCAGGUGCAGCAUCAGCGCACCGGUGCUGUUGCGCGGGCACUGCAUCUGUGGGAGCUGGAAACGAAGGUGUGCCGCUACGUAACGGACCACCAGCACGUGGAGAGGUGGGGCACAACACUGUUGACAAUGAUGAGGGCGCAUAAGGGGGCACUGCUGGCGGCUACGGCGUCAAGCUGUGUGGAACCAGUCACAGCUGUCCUAGACACGCCACUGGUGAGUGGGAAUCUCUCGCAAGAGGAAACCCGCACGAUCGAGCUGGUGCUCUCUACAGUCGUCAGCCACGUUGCUACGGUAGCCGUGCAGCUAUGUCGAUCGGCAGGGCGGCAUCAGAUUGCGGCGGUGGCGAGUGCCGGCGGUGGAGGUGGCAGCCUGUUGAGUGACACUGCGAUCGCAGCGCCGUCCUCCUCCUACCAGGCUGUGCAGAGUGCUGCCCUCGUGCUCACCUCUGGCCCCUUCGCCGCUGUGCCCCUCACGCAAGUCGCGAAUGCGCUCUUCGCCACCACCGCCUCGGGGUCUUCUCUGGCCGUAAGUGCUGCGAAGGACUGCCCUGCUGGCGUCGGCGGCAGCUGUGGGCUUCCUCUCCUGCCCUUCGUGCAGGCGGAUCCCCGACAAAGCACCUCACGGCUUCUCGCUGCUGUGCAUCGAUCCUCACAGGCGAUCGCCCUUCACAACUCCCUCGACGCCAACCGUAGCAGCGCCCCCACGGCCCCGCCGGCGACCGCGUCUGGCAACCUCGACCUGCUAGAGCAGCUGCUGGCGAGGCCUUUUGCCCUACUCGACGGCGUCUACCAUGAGUGGCAACGACAGUAUGCUGGGUCGCCAAGCAGAGGCGGUGGACAAGGCGGACGAUCAGCAACGGCUGCAGAGACAAACGUGGCGGAGCAGCGGGGGCGGGAGGAUCGCACGUCCCCCGCUCUCCUUGAGACAGAUGAGGGUCUGGCACCGCCACAGAUAGAGGAGAGGUCCGCUAGCUUGGGAGCGUUAGAGACAUCCGCGGCAUCUUCUGUCGUCGCUGCCGCAGUCCCCCAGAUACUGGCCAAUGCCGCCGCCGCCGUUCUGAUGGACGUUGUGAAGAUCGUGCAGUCUUAUGGCGAAGACAUCGACGGCGCCGCCUGGGAAUCUAUUUUGUCCUUGCUGCAGCGGACUACCAUGGUGACCAAGGCGGAUGGUGAUGUCCUAACAAGUACCAGCGCCACCGGCACUGGUGGGAGCAGCAGCAUCCUGCAAAGCAGCGUCAUUACUAACAGCGUCGGUGGUCGCAGCGCUAGCAGCUCCAGUCUCCUUCUCGAGAAGCUGGGCAUCAUCAAUGCGCCCUCCACCGCUGCAGGUGCUGCUACGUCCAGUAGCCAAGCCGUUGAAUCCCUCAACACGGCUUUUCGCGCGCUGGAGAGCAUUCAGCAUAACUACAUUCCACGCCUGAAGGUGGACGGUCUGCACCGCCUGAUCGUGUGCGUCGGCGCCUUCACAGUGCACCGCGUCGAUGGAGGGACUGCUGGUGAGCGCAAGCUUCACACAAAUCUGAGCGCCGUGCAGCUGCUGUGGUCUAUUGCGGACUACCUCGCCGUCUUUGGCAGCGAGGCAGUCGAGGAGAUCGAGCGCUGCAACGUCGACAAUAACGCCAGUAGAGGAAGCGUCGGCGUCGUGAGAGUCACGACCGUCGACUGUGUAAGUGCGGCUGCUGGAGGGGCUCCAGAGUCACCGGCGCGAUAUUCCGACAGUGUUUCGGUCGUCCAACAGCAGCAGGACCGCCUCUGGUGCUCUCUCCUCUGGCAGUUACGUAACGGCUGCCUCGAUGAUCGACAGGAGGUGCGCCAAUCCGCGCUGCAGACAUUCUUUGCUCUCGUGCAGACGUAUGGCUGGCGCUUCUCCGCGGUGUGCUGGCGAUGCGUCCUACUGGAUGUGCUGCUGCCUCUCAUGGAGGUCGCUGCAGUGGCGACAGAGCUUUGCGCGACGCCUCCGCCAUCGCCAUUGCCGUCUGCGCUGGGAGGAGACGGCGCAACAGUCGUGGUCGCGGCGGCAGGGGGAUGCUCACCGGACACGACCAUGCCGCAGCUGCUCCGCAGCUUUAUCGAUCACCCGGCCCAGCUGGAGGAGGUACGCGUCGCUUUGUUUGAUGCGGGUAGUCGCCUGCUUGUAACACAUUACGCACGCAUGCAGGCCGCCACCGCCGCAGCCGAGGACGACAAGGACGACGCCACGCAGGUGCUGGAGCGUUUCCUGCGACUGUGUGGCGACGUUUGCGUGGUGCUACGGGGCACCUCCGGCGAACAGGCCGCCCUGGCAGCCGUGCACGCCCUCCACGGGCUCCUUGUCGAGAUGCCAGGGAAAGGGCUGCACGCGCAUGGGGUACACCUCGCCUGGAGCGCUCUGGAGCGGCUGAUCCUCUGUGGCGGGGGCAAUGACUGUGCUGAUGAGCUGCCUGCAGAUCUUCGAGAAGGGACAGCAAAUGCACCCCACGUCCACAGAAGAGGAAAGCAGUGUACCAUCGCAGUGAUGGCGGCCGCUGUAGCCGCCCUCUGCGACAGCUUCCGCCUUCAGCGCCUCGCGACGGCGGCGCCAGAUGCCGCGGCUGACCUCACCGCCUCCACGCAGUCAAGCACCGUAGAGCGCAGUCACAGCACGACGGGGUUCAGCUCCUUCUUCAGCGGCUGGGGUAGUGGCGGCUUCGGUGCAGCGGCACCAGCACCCGCUGUAAAAUCAAUCUCAGGCGCAGGGCUGCGACACGGUGGCUCCUCAUCUCCUACCCAGUACUUCACUCGCCUCCUCUUCCUCUUGCAGGCUGUCACCCGCUGCCCAGCUGUGGUGAACUCGUACUACUUCCCCAACAAGGCGCAGUCCACGCUGCUCGAGGGGGUGACCGCGGUGUGGCCAACACUAUCUAGCUGCGAGGCGCAGACAAUGUGGAACGGGGUGUUGUUGUCUGCCUUUCCGUCAGCGGCGACGCUCAAAAGCUUUGUUUUACAGGGCGUCUACGAGUCGGUCUCCAUCACAGUGGGGGACGAUGAGGCCACCACCAAUGCAAGAGCGACGGCGGCGAGCGCGCUGAUCCCACUCAAGUCGGUGAUGCCGCCUGGCUCGCACCCGGGGUAUCUCAGCUCCGUCAUGGAGACGAUGAACACCUUGAUACUGCAUCACAUGGGCAUGGAUCCUCUCGGUGCGGCCGCUGCGAAGCGCAGAGAGUCCGAUGCACUGCCGCCGAAUCCUGCAUCCGCCAACACCCCCGCCGCGGCGACUGAGACGCCAGCGACGACGACCGACGAGAAUCACGUGCGGCUGGUGUUUAUGGCCCCCAGCACCCUGCAAGUCACCGGUACGCUGUUGUUGCUGCACCUCGCCUCUGCGGCAAUUCUAACCGAGCCGCCGCGGUUGGGCAGCGCGCCCUUCACCCUCCCCGCGCUCUUCCUAGAAGAGUGCGUCAAUUUACUGCAGCGCACGCUGUGGGGAACGGUGCUGGCGCGCACCCCGACGCCGUCGUCGUCACUACCCACUCCCAGCACGGAGGUUAGCAGUGUCUCAGCCCUUACCGCGGCCGCGGUGCAAUGCCGCCAGGAUGGAGUGGCCGCGCUCUGUGGCGUGUUUGAGCAGCUGCUCACCACCACCUCCACGGUGGUGCGGCACUUGGAGGCGACACCGCAGACCGGAGCGGCAGCGACAAGCGGAACUACCGCGACUCCAACAACAACGAUGCUGCCGCCGCAUGUCACGGCGGCGCUGCAGUCGCUCGACCUGCUUGUGGACAUCCUCGGCGAGGUGGUUCACUUUGCGAUGGAGCAGUAUGAGGAUGUGAUAUGUGCAGCGACAGCCAUCACGGCUUUAUCAAUCGCGUCCACUGCAGAGGGCGUGGCGCUGGAUCGGGUGGCGCGGCGGAGUUUGGCGCUGUUACAGCGCUGGGCAGACGCCGUCGCGGCCACGCCGACAGGUCGCCUACCGCCCUUGUCGUCCGCCUCGACACUGCAGCACCACCAUCAGCAUCAUCACACUCGCAGCGGCAGUGAUAGCAGUCACAUGCCCCUCAGUCUGCAGGGCACCGUCGCCUGUCACGAGGCGCCGGCACAGUCGCAGCGCGCCAGCCACGCCUCCGACACCGCACCGGCAGCGGCUUCGCGCAGCCAGCUGCAGAAGGUGGCACAAGCCUCUAUGGAAUCCCGCAACAAGGCAAUCAUAGCGCAGUUUGUUAGCAACCCUGACGACGCCAGUGCCGGCGCGCUACUCGUCGACACCCUGCGUGACAUGCUGCAGAGUGCACAGAACAACGCACGAGUCGGUCCGCGCGCCGGAAGCGGUGCGGCAACGAAGAAUUUGCUAUGCAUGAUGCCAGAUCUCCUGCGGCUCGUCGCAUGCAGCAGUCGUGAGCCGAAGCGAUCCGCAGCGGCGAUCACCCGAGAGCAGGAGAUACGCGAGAUACUGGCGAAGUUGCUGACGAUGGUCACAGAAGAACAGCAGAACCACCUCCCCAAUCAAGCCGGAUCAUGCGAAGGGGGUGGUCAUCAGGAGGUCGGCUAG